AUGAUCAAGAAAUUGGGCGUAAAAGCUCAAAAAUUUUCUCUCAUACUUCACCCUGCAUUUAAACACGCAACUGAUCAACAUAAAACAAAACUUGUUGAAGAAUCGGAAGGUCAUGUUGUUCAUCAUGUUAUUAGUGAAGAUUGUCUUGAUGGAGAGUCUAAAGUUAAUAGUGAAGAAUUAAUUGUUAGUGAUUUGAUUGAUGAAGAUAUUGAUGAAGAUGAUAAAAAAGAGAUUGAUGAAAAUUUACUUCAAAAAGCAUUAUACUAUGCUCUAUUAACUUUACAUUUACCGAUUCAUAUGGUUCCUGAAAGAAUUCAAGAUGUUCCCCUCACACUCUCACAAUUACAAGGUGAAGUUUUAAAAUUAUUUGAACCCAAGUUAACUCUUGAAGAGUUGCAAAAAACUUGGAAUGAAAUAUAUAUUCAGAAAUCAGAUAAUGGCUCUAUUGAUUUAAUUGUAGAUUUUCUAUUGUUGAGAAAGUAUAUUUUUGAAAACGAACAUCAAUUACCAUAUACAACCUCUGAUUUUGUUAGUGUGGAGAAGUAUCAGUUUUGGAGACAUAACAAGAUUAAGGAAAUUGACCUCAUGUUGGAUAGUAUUAAAACUGCUAGAAAGAAGGAAUUCAAUUGCAAGUUGGAAUUUGAAUUUGAUAAUGUUAUCCUAAACAAUUCUGAGUCUCUUGUUAAGAAAACUGAGUGCGAUUUGAUAUCUCUAGCAAAUAGAGAUCAAGAGGUAAAAUUUUCUAUCAUCUUGUCAAAAUAUGCAGGUUUGAAAAAGAAGGAAAUUGGUCACGUUAUUAUUCCAGUUACCAGUUUAAUUGAAAAACUUUUCCCAAAAACAAAUUGGGGAAACAUUGAUCAACCGAUUCGAGCUGAUUUUCCAAUUGUUUUUAAUAAUUCAACUAUUGGUGAUAUUCAACUCAAAAUUACAAGAGGAAAUUAUCAAUACUUCCCAGCAAAUCAAAAUAAUUGGACUACAUAUGUUUCCAAGAGGCUUGACUUUAUCAAGAAUAAUUUAAAUACAUUUGAUAUUCCAGAUGUUUACAAGAUCAAAAAAGUUCUAUUAAGAAGAGCAUUUAAUUCGCCAAAGACAGACCUUAACUUAGUGACUUAUGUUCAAAAAUGGAUUCUUGGAGAGAUUGACCUCUUAUUUGGUAUGUCUACCCAUAAUGCAGAAAUUAGUUUGUUAGAUGUACUUUCAAGAAAUAUUCGUUUUUUAAUUUCAUUUGCUGAUCAAUUUUCAAAAAGUUAUCAAACUGCUACAAAAAUAAUUAGUGAUAAUAUUAAACAAACCAACAAGAUCAACCAAAUUAUGGACAAGACUGAAAAGAAAGUUGUUGAUCUCUUAAUGCAUUUCAAGGAGAGAUUCCCAAGAAACAAACCAGAUGGUGCUUUAGAAAAUGUUGUUAAACUAUAUGACACCAUUAUUUCUGUACACAAAAAACAUUCAUUUGAAGAAUUUUUAGAUAUUCUUAAAGACCUUUUGAAAAAGUCACUCGAAAAUGAUUAUUUGCUUAUUAAGAAGCAACAAUUAGAGGUUUUCAAAACAGAAGAGUUGAAUGCCAAGGUGUUAAUUGGAAUGAUUCCAGGGAUUGUAUACAAAUUGGAUAGACUCUAUGAUUAUUCUGAUACACUCCCACAGGAUGUUAAAUAUGAAAGCAUGAACAUGAUCUAUUAUGAAUUGUUCAAGAAGGAUUUCCAACAAGUUGCUCAAUCAGGAGGGUUCUCUGGUUAUCAGAUGUUGCAUUUUUGCACUAAGAUUAAAGAUUUAGCUGAAGUGAUUGGAAACUCCAACGAUUUGAGUCAAAAAAAAUCCGAAUUGAUUGACAUCGCUGAAGUUUCUAAAGGCUAUGAAGAAAAAUUCAUUGAAGAAUUAGCGGCUAAACUCGGUGAUUGCGCAGAUCAAUCUAUUAAGAUUGACAAUUGGGUACCAGUUAAUCAAGACGUGAAACACUCAACAAGUGUUGUUGAUUUUUACACUGCAGCUAACGAGAUUUGGAACUAUGUUUCUGAAUUGGAGUUUUUCAAUGAACAUUUAUUGCAAAUGUUCACAGAAAUGUUGGCAAAGGUCACUCUCGAUUAUGCAAAUAAGGUUAAAAAUAUUGCAGUACAAAUUAUUACUAGAAAUACAAAAGAGAAAUCAAGUACAUCCCCAACAACUGAAAAGACCAAAAAAUCCAAAACAAUCAACCUCUUUAGUAGAAAUGAAGUUAAAAACGCGGAGCAAGAGAGUGAUUUAAUUUAUUCUGAGAUUGAAUUGACCUCAGAUUUUUUAAUAAUGCUUAAUAAUAUUAGCGUUUCGAAGCAAGAAAUGGAAGAAAUUAUCGAUAGUAUUAUUGAAAAACAAAAGGACUUGAAAGAUAGUGAAGAAGUCACUAGACAAGUAGAAAGAAACGAGGAAGAAGAUUUGGACUUGGAAAAUGAAGAAGAUUUGAAAAAGACCUCAGAUAUGAUUGGUGAGCAUCAAAUGAGUGCUCUUGAAAAAUCCAGAAAAAAUAUUGACCUUAUUAUUGAAUCAUUGAUUGCUAUCAUCUCCUCCAGUUUCAGAGUUCCAAUUAGAAGUACACUACAAAAUAUUUUUAACAAAACUAAAACCUUGGUUGAAAAAAGUUCACCAUCGAACAGACCCCUCUCCAAAGAUACUACUCUCAAAAUUGUGCAAUCAGAAAUUGAUUCAAUUUUGAGUAGUGAAUUACUUGAGUCUAUUCUUACACCUGCCUUUACAAUUCUAUCCGAAAGUUGCUAUGAUCAAUUAUUUAAAUUAAUCUUGGAAAAUAUUUUGGAUAUUACAAACUCAGAAAUGAUUAAUUCAUUUAUUAUUCCAACUGAUAAUUAUGAUAUUGAAUCUGAUAAGGACAAAUUCCUCACUGUUGAACAAUUAUUUGUACUUGAAAGCGUUCACACAACCUUUGGAAUUUAUCUUUGUGGUAAUGAUGAUGAUCCUGAUACUGGAUUGAAUGAACAAGUAUUUGAGUCCAAAUCACGUCUCCUACUCAGAUUAAUUUCCCUCUAUCAAUGCACAACACCCAAGUUGAUUAACAUUUACCAAAAGUACACCAAGUAUCCUAAUUUGAACUUUUCAAACAUUUUGAAAAAGCAUCACAUAUUACUUUUACUCAAAUCUAAGGGUGAUAAAGAAGCUCUAUCAUUCUACAAAAUUCAUCAAAAAGAGGCAGAACAUCAACGUAUUAUUCAAGUCUUCAAUUUGAAACCAGUUGAUGGAGCAGGAGAUGAAGAUGAAAGCAAUGACAGGUAUGAAGAGUUGUUGGUGACUGUGAGUGGUAUUUAUGAAUUAAGUCCGUAUGAUGUUCAUGUUACUGAACUCAGACUUUUACUAGAAUCUAAAUGUUCUAGAAAGACUAAAGAAUUUUUAUUGAGAGAUGUCAUUAAUGCCAAAUUGAGUAAACAUUUACUCUCCACAAAGGGUGUUCAAUUUUCAAUCAAGGGUGAUGAAAAGAGAGUUUACAUUCUAAAUUUUACUGAUUCAGAAUUGAGAACCAAAUUCCUAAAUGUAUUUUACCAACAAUUGAAGAAUAUUGGUAAUGAACAACCUCAGCUUCAAGAAUUGAAAUCCCCAACAACAAGUGGAAGUUCUGUUAAAAUCCUUGACUCUAAUUUGUUUGAUCAAGCUGCAGAUGCCUUAAAACUCAAGUUUAAAAUCAAAAACUCAUCAUGUAAACUUUUAAAAAGAAUUAUUGCUCAAGCUGCCUACAAGGUCGAUAAUACCAAAGUUUUUGCGGAUGGUGAAGUAUUAUUAUUCAAUUAUGGUCUUUGUUUCCAUUGUGGUUCAGAUGGUGUUAAAGGAACUUUCUCUCUAAAACUCAACUUUUCAAUUGUAAAACAAAUUGAAGGAAAGAAGAGAAAGGACAAUUCCAUGAGAAUCAAAAUUGAUCUGCAAGGAGGCUAUUCUCUGUCUUUUUAUAAUGUUGAAUUUUUUGAGAAUUGUCUCUCUGAUAUUAUCAAUGCAUUUGAACAAUGGUCCAAGGAUUCAACAAUUACACCUCUACCAAAAUCAGAUGAUAAGAAUUAUUUCAUUUCAAAAUUCAAAUUGAAAUGUAUUGGAGAGAGUGAUGAAUGCUUAGAUAGAAAGUUGAGCUGUGGAUCAGCACUUACAGAAAAUGGAACAUUGUUUAUUGGAAACUAUCAUUGUUGUUAUGAAUCCAAUUCUCUCCUUCCAAAUAACGGAGACAUACAAAAGGAAGAGCAAAUCUUAAUCCCUGUUGCAUUUAUCAAGGAUAUUGAGAAGUAUGUUCAUUCAAAAUUAUUGGCUCUCCGUUUAUUGAGUGGCCAUAUUGUUUGUUUCAUGUUCCAUGAUGAAAAGAGUUUAGAAAUCGCCUUCCAAAGAAUCACUGUCAAGGUACAAUGUAUCACUAAGCCAAAAAUAUCCAUAUUUGGAUCUUCAAACAGUGAAAAUAAUCUUUAUAUUUCAAAUAUUUUAAAAAAUGAAAAGAUAGAUUUGGAUUCUUGCGAUCAGAGAAUAUUGAAUAGUGCUAUAUUGACAAAACAAGCUCAAGAAGCACCAAUCCAAACUUUAGGUAUUCUAAUCAAUAGUACUUGUUGUAUUUCUGGAAUACCACAAGAAGAAGAUACACCAAUUAAAAUACUAAAGGAUGGAGAAAUAAUUCCAUUCAAUAGAACCAUGUUAGUUCUCAUCGAUCAAAGUAGCACUCCAAGAGAAGAAACUCUAGAUAUUGUGAGUGAUGGUAUUUCGUUAACAUUCUCAAUUCUCUCUGUAAUUGGAUCCUUAGCUGUGUUUGGAAUGUUUUUCUUUGAACAUGCUUGGGUGUUUGGUAGAGAAAAGGAACAGAAAGCAAAUUAUAGACGUUCUCUCAAAAGAAAUACCAUCAAGGAUCUGGAUAUUCUGCAACAACACCAUGUUGAAUAUAUGAAAAAGAAGAGGCAAGUAAUUUCUCAGAAAAAGAGAGAGUUUGUGCGGAGAAUGAUGUUAUCAUUGAUGGUGUCAGAUGUAAUUUGUUCAUUGAGUAGGAUUAUGUUUGUUGUUUGGUGGUGGAUUUGUACUCAAGCAGCUCCUAAUGAAAUGUUCAAUCAUUUUACAGGUCCAGUUCAAAAUUUUGGAACCAAUUCAUCUCAAAUUAUUACGAAUGGAUCCAUUUCUUUGACUAGUUUUAUUUCACCUCCUCUUUCGAAAGUCAUUACAAUUCAUUUCAAUACCAAUGGAAAGGAAAAGAAUAAUGGGAAGGGAAAGGAUAAAAAACCAGUUAUUGAUAAAAAGAAUGGAGGAAGUAAGAAUGGUUCCAUAAUUGAGUAUUUGUCUGAUCCGUUUGGAGAAACAAACAAGUUCAACAAAAAGCAAAUGGCCUUAAUUGAACCUCCAUCUUUCUAUUCAGUGUUCAGGAUUGAUGGGAAUGAUUCCAUGAAUGGGACAAUGUUUUAUUCCUAUUUUGAAAUGAAAACAGCACCUCAAUUGUUUUUAGGAUUUCUUGCCAAUGUUAAUUAUGCAUCAUGCCUGUCAACUGCUUCCUGGGUUGCAAUAGUGGCCUUUUCUGUUUUAGCAACAACGAGGCAAGUCAGUUGGGAUGACGAAAUGCAAGAGGAAAGUGAUGACGAAUCAAAGAAGAGUAGUUUCUCACACAACACCAACAAUAGAUAA